CCCUGCCCGCCGGGCCGGGGAGGGAGCGGGGGGCCGGGGGGUGGGGGGGUGGGGGAGAGACACACACCCGCUGCCUUCUGGGAUUUGUAGUCCGGGGGCCGGUGGCCGCUUCUCCCCCGGCUCGGCCCGGGACUACCGUCCCCACACGGCCUUGCGCCCCGGCGCAUGAGCUCUCGGGCGCUGUAGCGCAUCUAUUAUACUGCCUUGCCGAGGAUAAAAAGAAGAGCAACUGGAGGGACUAUAAGGCAAACGUUGCUGGAGCUGCCGGGGCAAAGUUGUAUGGUUGGACCCUGGAAAUGGGAUGUCAGUCCCGUUCAGGGAGCAUAAAGGAAGAAAGAAGAUCUCCCAGUUGUUGCUGCUGUGACAGCGAGUGAGAGCAAGAGCAGGAAAAUGUCGACAGUCACAUCAGCAAUCCAGGCUCCUCAGGGCCCUGUGAAUCCGCCGCCUCCGGAGGUCACUAAUCCUAAUAAGCCUGGCCGGAAGACCAACCAAUUGCAAUAUAUGCAAAAUGUUGUGGUAAAGACGUUGUGGAAGCAUCAGUUUGCUUGGCCUUUCUACCAACCUGUUGAUGCAAUUAAAUUGAAUUUGCCGGAUUAUCACAAAAUAAUAAAAAACCCCAUGGACAUGGGGACAAUCAAGAAGCGCCUGGAACAUAACUAUUAUUGGAGUGCCAGUGAAUGUAUGCAGGAUUUCAACACCAUGUUUACAAAUUGUUACAUUUAUAACAAGCCCACAGAUGACAUCGUCCUUAUGGCCCAAGCCCUGGAGAAGAUAUUUCUGCAGAAGGUUGCCCAGAUGCCUCAGGAGGAAGUCGAAUUAUUACCCCCGGUUCCUAAAGGCAAAGGUCGCAAGCCGUCAGCAGGCACACAGAGUGCAGGAGCGCAGCAAGCAGUGGCCGUGUCUUCCGUCUCCCCGCCGGCCCCGUUCCAGAACGUCCCUCCAGCCGUGUCUCAGACGCCCGUCAUUGCUGCCACCCCUGUGCCAACCAUCACUGCUAAUGUCCCGCCUGUCACUGCCCCUCCCGCCGCUGCUCCCCCUCCGCCUGCUGCUCCGAUACUGCCCGUGGUGCCUCCUACGCCACCGGUAGUCAAGAAAAAGGGAGUGAAGCGGAAAGCAGACACCACAACCCCCACCACCUCCGCGAUCACUGCCAGCAGGAGCGAGUCACCCACGCCCCUCUCGGACCCCAAGCAGGCCAAAAUCAUCGCUCGACGGGAGAGCGGCGGCCGGCCCAUCAAACCACCAAAGAAAGACCUUGAAGACGGAGAGGUCCCCCAGCACGCAGGGAAGAAAGGCAAACUCUCUGAGCACCUCAAGUACUGUGACAGCAUUCUCAAGGAGAUGCUCUCGAAGAAGCAUGCAGCCUAUGCAUGGCCCUUUUACAAGCCUGUUGAUGCAGAGGCCUUGGAAUUACAUGACUAUCAUGAUAUUAUCAAACACCCCAUGGAUCUCAGUACUGUUAAAAAAAAAAUGGACAGUCGGGAAUACCAGGAUGCACAAGGUUUUGCAGCAGAUAUUCGGUUAAUGUUCUCUAAUUGUUACAAGUACAAUCCUCCAGACCACGAAGUGGUAGCGAUGGCCAGGAAGCUUCAGGAUGUCUUUGAGAUGAGGUUUGCAAAGAUGCCUGAUGAGCCCGCAGAGGCCCCACCUCCGCCUCCACCAACAGCACCAGUGGUGAGCAAAAGCACAGAGAGCAGCCACAGCAGUGAGGAGAGCUCUUCUGACUCAGAUAGCUCAGACUCAGAAGAAGAGCGAGCAACUCGGCUGGCAGAGCUCCAGGAGCAGCUAAAGGCCGUCCACGAGCAGCUAGCUGCAUUGUCACAAGCGCCAGUGAACAAACCAAAGAAAAAAAAAGAGAAGAAGGAAAAAGAGAAGAAAAAGAAAGAUAAAGAGAAGGAAAAGGAAAAGCACAAGGUAAAAGCGGAGGAGGAAAAAAAACCCAAGGUGGCUCAACCACCAAAACAAACCCAACAGAAGAAAGCCCCAGCUAAGAAAGCAAACAGCACAACCACAGCUAACAGGCAGCCCAAGAAAGGAGGCAAACAGGCAUCUGCAACCUACGAUUCAGACGAGGAGGAGGAAGGUCUGCCCAUGACAUAUGAUGAGAAACGACAACUCAGUUUGGACAUUAAUCGCCUGCCCGGAGAGAAGCUGGGCAGGGUUGUUCACAUCAUCCAGUCACGGGAACCUUCCCUCAGAGACUCCAAUCCGGACGAGAUAGAAAUAGAUUUUGAAACAUUGAAGCCCACAACUUUACGAGAACUGGAGAGAUAUGUGAAAUCUUGUUUACAGAAAAAACAAAGGAAACCAUUUUCUGCAAGUGGAAAAAAGCAAGCAGCAAAGUCAAAAGAAGAGUUAGCUCAGGAAAAGAAGAAAGAACUAGAAAAACGGUUACAGGACGUCAGUGGGCAGCUAAACAACAACAAAAAACCUGCAAAGAAAGAGAAAUCCGGCUCAGGUCCCUCCGGAGGCCCUUCCCGGCUCAGCAGCAGCAGCUCCUCCGAGUCCGGGAGCAGCAGCUCCAGCGGCUCCAGCUCGGACAGCAGCGAUUCGGAAUGAGUUACGGACACUUACACACAAAAUGGACAUCACCCUCACCAACGCUCUGCAGUGUUCCUUUCUCUCCUUAAUAUACUGCUCUUGUUCCAUGGUGGUUAGGUUGUUUUGUUUUUUUUUUCCCUCUCUCUUUCUCUGACUUUUUUAUUUUAUUUUUUAAUUCAGUGUUAUAAAAGGUAUCUUCCAUUUUUUGGGGGGCACUCUUUUAAUAGGUCAAAGAUCUUUGCGUGUGCGUGUGUGUGUGUGUGACUAGACUUUAUGACAAAUAGUUCCCUUUGCAUAAAGUCUCUAAAAUACAUUUUAACUGAAGAGGAUUGGUUGAAAAUGGAAAAACUUUGAACUCUUAGCAGGAGAGAAAUAGAAAGUCCUGCAGGGUUUGUAGUACAUUUCCCUUCCGCCCCUUCCCUCUCCCCAGAAUGUUCUCUUUUAAUAAGCCUGCCUGGCUCACACAAGGUAAAAAAAAUAAUCUUUUUUUAAAGAAAUCUCUGUAAAAUGGUACUGUAUCUGAAAGAUGUUAGCUUUUGAACUAGUUGGUGUAUUUGUUAUUAGCACUAGUAUUCUUAAUCUCGAAGUCUACAGUGUGAUAAAAAUGUCAGAUGCUAUGAUCUUUUUACAUAAAAACAAAACAAAAAAACCUAAAAAAAUUCUUAUGUACUGUGGAUUGCUAACAUGCUUUUUUUUUUAAUCUUGGUAGAGGCAUAGGCACCUGUUUGGGAAGGUAUUUAAGCAUGAAUUUAACUUUAAGCACAUGAGCAAUAGAAGUGAUUGUAUUUCUUGGUUUUCCACUCAAAAUUUUAAUUUUUCUCGGGGAUAUGUUGGGAAGAAGGAAGCAAGGGACACUCAAGUUUCUUGGGAAUGUUAUUUUUAACAUCAAAUAGAUAAUUUCCAGGAAAUGGACACUCUCUGUGAACAUUUUUUAUUUAAUUGAAAACAGGUUUUGGCUGAAAGUUCUCAGCUGGACUGCAGAGUGACCAAGGCGAGUCAUGUGCACGUUACUAGACACAUGCUUAAGUAUUUUCUCCAUGACAAGCACCUCAGUCUGGGCUUAAAAUAAAGGAGCACUUGAGCUCCAGCUGAGGCUGAGCUGGGAGGGGAAUUGGAGAGGGAUGUUGUGUGUGUUUGGUUGGGUUUUUUGUUUUUGUUUUUUUUUUCUUCUUUUUUUUUAUUUCUCUCCUUAUCGUUUCAGUAGUGAGCUCCUAGAAAGGGAAUGCUACUUCUGUGUCAUGCAGGGUGCAGGUUUCCAGGCACAGAAAUGCUUACCUCAAUAAAACGAAAAAAAAAAAAGGAGGGACUAAAAAAGAAGAGACAAUUUUUUUAAGGCUUACAAUUUUUUGAGUCCAGCCUAAUGUUUUGACCUGCAUUGCUGCAAUACACUCUGUUUUCACUGUCCCUAACUUCAUGUAUAUACAAAUACUUUAUUUAUUAAACACCAUUGGUCAUUUAAAACUUAAUAAAAAAAUAACAAAAGUAAAGCUGCACUAUGCAGACCAGCAGAAAUGCAGACUUUUAAUGUGGUUUGAACCAGAUUUUAAAAAACAAAACAAAAUAACAAAGCAAAAAAAAAUCUGAGACUUUAUUUAAAUAUAUUGGACUUUAUACCUACCGGUGCUACAGUCCAGUCUGUUGUGCAUCUGGUGCUCUGUCAUGUUUGGUGUGUUUAUUUUUUUUUAUUUGUUUUCUCUCUUCUUUCUCUUUUCACCCCAGACCCCUUUUUUCCUGUUUUGUACAGAUUUGGGAGACGUACAGGUAGAUACAGUUUCUUGAUGCAGCAUGUUAUUGUUUUCUCAGUAAUAUUUCCAGAGGUCUUUUUUCCCCUCUUGUUUUUGUUUUUGUGUUUGGUUUUUUUUUUUUUUUUUGUAGAACAGUGGGGUUUUUUUCUUUUAUAAUCCAGUUUUAGGAAGACACCAGUUCUAUAAUUAUGUAAAACUUGUAAUCUGAAGGGCAGAAAUUUAUUGUAAAUUCUUAACUUUUUAUUGUAAAGAAAAAAUAUACAGAGUUUAACAAAGUUAUGCCUUUCCUUCUCCCAGCACCAGCCCCUAAGGCUGCCUCUCUACCGGGGGGUAGCCCUAAAAUUCACCUUCCCGUGGUCUCAAUUAGCAGUUUGCCAGAGGCCCCACGGUGCAGAUUGCACCGGCUUUUAUUUUUCCCAUAGGCGAGUGGCCCUGGAAGCCUCCUCAGCCCCAGCACACGGUUUUCAUUGCCUGCAGGAGCUGGGACAGGCGAUCGCGUGGUGUCUGGGUGCUGGCCCUGUGCUGCAAAGCCGGGGAAGCGCGGGGCCAGCCCGUUGUUAGCCCUCCGUGGUCUGCACUUCGGCUGCAUCCACGCUCAGCUGCCAGUCACUUCGUGCCCAUCGACCGAGGUGUUGUGAGCUAGGCACUUAGGCAUCUGUCUUUAAAAACUUGCCAUUCAAAGGUCAUUAUUUCAGUGUUCAGGUGUGCAUCUCGUACAGCUGACGUGCCUCUGUCCAUGUCUUACCUGUAUAGGGGCAGCAGCACGCUCCCCACGGUUUGCUGUGGAAAAGAAUUCCCAUUUUUUUUUUUUUUUUGGUAAGGGCUGAGAGCGUGGUGCUGUGUUGCUGUGAGGCGGUGGGUUCCUCCUCGAAGUUGCUGGGCAUCUUCGUCUCGCUUUCCAAUCACUCGGGUGCUUGGCCCAGUGACAGGAGGCUCUCAAGUCUUCGCAGAUAGUUUCCCAUAGUAUUUGAAAGUGGAUGAACUAGGGUAUCUGAUUCAUACUGAAAUGAAUGAUUUUUCUUUUCCAUUAACAAUGGAGUUAUUUUUAGUUCCUGUUUUUUUUUUAAAUUCUGCCCUUAAAAAAAUCUUCCCCUAGACAGAUCCUUAGUAAUAUAUUUUCAGAAUUUACUAUGAGGAAAUGUAAUAUACACCUAAUUAAGAGCUUAGGUUUUUUUGUUUUUUUUUUUUUAAUGGGGUUGGGUUUCAUCUGUGUUCCUCCUAUUGUCUGAGACCUGCAUGAUCAAUGCCAACGAGUAUUUUCAUUAAAACAAUUCCACCCAAUUCGGAGCCGUGACAACUUGGACAAACGAGCUCCCAGUUUUCCCCGCCUGAAGCCUUUUUCCUGCGUGCGUUAACCGGAGCUCUGCCGCCGUGGUCGCUCCUGGGUGGAGAACAAACCGCGGGCGGUGCUGGAGGCAGCAGCAGCCCGGCCGGCCGCCGCGCUCACCACCGCCUGCGCCACGCCGAGCCCGGGGACCCGGCUGGGCAGCCUGCCCCCAUCCCCGCCGGCCACGGCCAGGGUGCGCAGGAGGUUGGAGCCGAAGGGUUGGGGACCAGGCGGGAAAUGAUGGGAGGGGGCCUGGCCUGGGACUGCCUGCAGCGCUGGAGGAGGAGGAUCCCUAUUUCAGUUGGCAAAGCUGUCCUAGCUGGGGGAUUUGCGAGGAAAACAAGCAACCAAAACCACCGAGGAAUAUGAAGAGCCACCUGCAUGUCUCUGAUAUAUCCGGGCUGGCAGCUCUAGUGGGAAACUGUUCUCGUGGAAAGUAAGGCGUUCGCUGGGAAAUGGCAGUUCACAGGAGAGGUCCAUUUUGGCACGACCUUCAUUUCAGGAAAGAAAUUGGUGGCUUAAUUUCAAAAUGUUGUUCUUACACUUCUUCGUUUUCGUAUUGUUUGUAGCGCUCAUUAUCUCUCGACAUGUCAGUAGUGGUGCCUCUUGUAUCUCCAGAUGAGAGUGUCUCCAGGAAAGAAGAGAUGUUUUCAGUCCAUAGUAAGUAGCAGCAGCCCUUAAUGAGUUGGAAACUGAAACAAUAGAGCAUUUAUUUAACUGAGUUUGUAUCGCAUGACAUGUCAGUACAGAUGUCAUGAAAUAACUUUAAAAUGAUCAAACAUAUAACAUUUGAAAUAGCAUUUUUAAACUUAAGAAUAAAAAAAAUGAAAUUUUUAUGGUAGAAUUUUUCUUGAAUGAACAAAGUUUAACUUUGUUUUCCAGGGGAAACGUCACUGAAAUCAGUAUGAUUUCAUAUGUAUGCAUACACACAAAUAGUUUUAUUGAAACUGUUUUUUCUGACAAAACUGUUUUGACAAUACAGCAUCUCACCAGACCUACUAUCAAUCAACCAGCAUUACUGCACCUUUAAAAACUUUGUUAAACUUUAUCUGAUUGUAAGGUCAGCCUGUUUUUUGGCAUACCAUCAGACGUAGGCUCAGUGGGACCAGAGGGAGAUCUGCAUCCCGUGGGCUCUGGCCCUGAUCCAUCUACUAAAAGAAUCUGUUGCAUCCAACAGUUUUCUGCUAACCAAAUGUUGUCUAUACAAAAUGAUUUCAGUUUUGUAUUGAUGUGAUUUUAACCUUUCCUACCGACAGGGUUUGUAACUGUAGAACUGAUAUUUCAGGACUCUGUAACUGUUGUUAGCGAGUGUGUGUAUAAUAGGUGCACACACCCACCCACACAUACACAAGCACGUGUGUGCGUGUAUAUAUACAAAUUAGUUACCCCGUGAGGUCUCUUUCCAUGUUCUCUAUGUGGUAGAAGCAGACUGCAGUUACCUAAUCUAGUUCUUUCUCUGUUUUGGGGACUUUUAGACCAGUUUUUAAUUUUUUCCUUGUUUUGAAAGGAAUGAUGUUUUUUAAAGUUGGGGUUGGAGCUAGGGGCAAGGGAUUGGGGCAUGACAAACUAAAACCACAACCUUUUUAAUACUGAAUUUUACAAAGACUUAAACAUGAGCAGUUACCACUAGGGCUAACUGUGAGCAGGCUCUGCAUUGUUGAAGAUAAAUUUAGGGCGAGGAUUCAUUAUACUAGCAGCAUUAUCUUGCUUGUAAAACAAUGAGAUACAUUUUUUAAAGAAAUGAUAUUUGCAUAUCUUUUUAAAUGUCAUUUUUAAAAAUAAACCACCAGCUAGGAUUUGACACAGGCCACUUAGAACUUACCCCUGAUACUGGCAUAACCAAUCCAGAAAGAUUUGUUGUUGUAUUUUUUGGUUUUGUUUGUUUUGUUUUGUUUUGUUUUUAAUAUUUAAAAAAAGUUACUUUUCUGUAUGAUGUGCAUGCAAAUUUACCGUAACUUUUUCUUAAAACUUUUUAGUGCCAUUUCUAGUAUAUUCCUGUAAAUGUCAGUUACUGAAAAGAGUCAAUGUAAGUAGUUUAGCUUGUUUAUUGCAAAUUGCUGGCCUCAAACACAACAAUUAAAAAAAAGAGUUAGAAAGUAAUCUUUGAUGUUACUGGUAAUCAUGGACCCUGGUCCUGGGGCAUUUGUUUUGUUUUCAUAAUAAAAAGAAAAAUUGUUUUGUG